CACACUUUCGGAAAUAGUCCCGACGGUUGUGAUAGGGAGGACCCCCUCCGUUGGACAGCAUCCUCCUUUCGUUGUUCACGCGCACGCACGUGCAGCCGUGCCCUCGGAUUAUCUGAAAACCGAAACGCGACCGACUCGAACGUGACCAUCGCACGGAUUCCUGAUCGUCGCGCGGUCGACUCUAUCUCGGACCCGGUCAACCAACUCCGGCCCGCUGCACAGAGAAAUAACGAACGACGGAGAACUCGAGAACCCGACUGAUAGCGCCUAGCUGACUGCUAGAAUCUAGCUACAGCCCGAGCUGAUUAAGUCCUAAGAAACUGCGAACCAUCGCCCGAAAAUAGCACGCUCCAUGGAUCUCCUGUUGUUUUCAACUGUUAGGACAAAUUCCUCCUUUUGACACUUUGGCCUUGUUUCGAAACACACCGCCGAAACACUAACAUUUUGGCGGACCCGACUUUCGUGAACUUUACGACAUUGUUUUACCGAUUAGUGAAAUUUGAAACUUUUUAAAUGUUGGUGUGAGUAAUUUUAAAAUAACUAAUUUUCUAAAUCAGGACACCAGUCGUCAAAGUCUCAGGGUGGUUUUUCCAAUUGAAUACUUUUUCUAAAAAAUUUUCCAAAUUCUUCAAAGUGACUACUGUGGGUCUGUGCAAAAAUUACCAUUUAUUUCUCAAAUAUUACCAAAGAUCUUCAUCAGUUCAAAAUCGAAACUCUGAUUUUCAAAUCAUUUCAUCGACGGAAAUCGUAGCCCAUAAAACCCCUGUUUCUCGUGCAGCAACCCCAAGACUGAUUAUCUUAUCCAGCAAGAAAAAGAUCGGGUCUCUGACGAUGUCCCUGAGUCCGGCUCUUGAACUUAGGAGUGCUGCGCAUCCUUAGCCGGAAGAUAUUGUUACAAUCGCCCUCGAACAGCGUCGCGUUGCUUCCCUAAGGGGGUCGCGAGGGGUCUGUCCGUUUAUCGUCGUCCAGUAUAUUGAGUAGCGUGCGACCGCACGAAGAAAGUGAGUCCCGUUGCUGCUACCAGCGAAAUUCCACUACCAGGAUCGUCACCACGUCCUUCUGACGGCUGUUUGAUUUUACCCGUUCGUUCGGGUCGUCCCUGUCCCGUUUCAGGAACUUCCGCCCACAUACCAAAGUGAACGUCCAUGGAUGUGCAGUGUCAAUGGACUGUCAAAAUAAAGUGAAUCUUUGUGCACAUUUUGUGAAAGUUUACCUCUUUAGAAAAAAGAAAAAAAGCUCUUAGUUUCAGGUUAGGAGCCUGCUAGGACGGGUCUCGUACUCUCUUCCUGAGGUCAGCCGAGCCGAACGGAGCCGAAACGGAACGAAACGAGGCGAGGCGCGGCGAGGCGAGGCGAGGGAAAAAGCCGGAGCUAGUGAAGUGUGACCGCGUGCAGUGCGUGUAUCCUCGGUAUCUUUUUACCGCGUGAGUGUUGGUGUGAUGCUAGAACCACGGGCAACCUGACGACCGUCCCGAUAAAGAGGUUCGGACAGUCGAGUCGGUGUGCCGAUCCGACAACAAUCACUCGCCGAUGACUUUGGUGAACUCAGGACAUUGUGCGAUUACGUGUGACGGUGGGACCAGUGUGUAGUGAUAAACGGUCCAGUGUGUUCCGGGACAGUGUCCGGGACCAAGGAACAGGAAGAGACGGUUGCGACGGGCCCGCCGGCCGAGGCGUGUGCCCCGGGUGGCGUCGACGGCACCGGCAAACGAAGGGGAACGGUUUUGGGCCCGGCGGAGAAGCUCGAAGCCGUCAAAGUGGCUUCGUCACUGGGCCUCCAGGGGCCUUCAGCGCCAAUCGGGGCCCAAUUACUGGCUACUGGCGGUUCGGAGGAUGCACCGUCCGUGUACCACGCGAAUCUGCUAGCCAGCAGCAACGCGUCCGUGCUCCAGCAGCCCGUUCUAGCCAGCCUGAACACGCCGGCACUGGCCAGCAUGCAGGCCUCUGCGGAGGCCAAUUCGCUCGACAUUCAGGCCAUGCAGUCCAUGGACUGGCUGUUCAAGAAGGAGCGUAUAUACCUGCUAGCCCAGUUCUGGCAACAGAGGGCGACACUGGCGGAAAAAGAAGUGUCCGCGUUGAAGGAGCAACUAGCCGCCGCGAACGACGGCAAUUCGAAGACUGAGGGACAUAAAUUGUCUCAGACACCACAGGGAAGCGAUCAGCAGCAGGUACACGAUGCCAGCAAUCCCAGGAGGACGCCGAACAGCAACCUGGAGCAGGAAUUGCAAGCGAAGGACAAAGAGAUUAGUCAACUGGUCGAGGAAGUGUCCAGACUACAACAGAGCCUGCAACGUCUGCAAGAGACAAGUGCCCAGGCGACAGCCCGGCUGGAGGAGGAACUGGAGGCUCGCAGACAGCACAUCAGCAGACUGGAGAGCAAACUGGAACGACAGAGGGAUUAUGACGACCUAAAACGCGAAAUUAACGCACUAAAGUCCGUCGAUCUCUCGCAGAUUCCAACCGGUGAGCCUGGCAAAAGCUUGGAGCACCUUCUGAUGGAACGCUCGAAGGCGCUUCAACAGACUGAGAGCCUGAAGCCAUCCAGCACCCCGGACGCGCUCGGUGGACUAUCGUCACCCCUGCAGCGCGCCUCUACCGCCUCACCUCACGGGGUCGGAGGUGUACCGCCUUCGUCCCACGUGUCCUCCCAGCAACCACCGCCACCACCCCCAGCAGCAGUCUCCCUUCCUCCGCGUUCCACUCCUACACCCUCAUCAGCCACCUCGACCACCUCCAGCCUCCUCUUCCCUCCUCCUCUCCAGAAUGUCGAGACCUUCGGCUCCUUCCUCGGUGAAGAGAUCGUCGCCAACUGGAGGCGGUCGUUGGAGAGGUCCAUCAUGAAUCAGCAACAGCAACAGCAACAACAACAGCAUCAACCCCCACAACCACAACCUCAGCCGCAGCCGCAGCAGCAACCACAGCAAACGCAACAGCAACAGCAACAGCAGCAGCAGCAGCAGCAGCAGCAGCAGAUGACUCCAUUGGGUCAACUGUCGCAGCAGCAGUUGCAGCAAGCUCAGCCACUUAUCGGCUUGCAUCCUCCAACCACCACCACUAGUUUAAAUCAUCUUUCUUCGCCAACGGACCCAUCGUCCAGCUCCAACACGCCAGCCAAAUCGAAUACCCCGUUAGGAACCACUCCACUGAGUUGCCUUGAUGCCGAGAAGGCUCCGACACCGGUGUCCGGCCACGAAACGCCUGCCCCACCGACGCCAUCCUCCACCACCGCAUUAACAUCACCGCCGAGUUUUCAACCGCCCACCACGAUGGUCGACACGUCAACAUCGUCGGCCUCCGUCAACGGUGGAAGCAUGACACCUGCUAUACCAACUGCACCACCGAUGAAAAGUCCCGCGGAUCAGGAAUCAUGUCACAAUAACAAUAACAACAGCCAUCAUCUGGCCAACAACAACAUCGGUGGCCUAAGUGUGCUGGACACACUGAAGAAUCCGUUUCGAUUCGACGAGAGAACGCAUCCGUUCAGAUUCAGCGACGAGUUCGGCGCAGCCGGGAUGGCCGGCAGACUUGGCGAAUCGCUCAUCCCGAAGGGCGACCCCAUGGAAGCCAGACUGCAAGAGAUGCUACGAUACAACAUGGACAAGUACGCGUCGCAGAACCUCGACACCCUCCACAUAGCCAGGAGGGUCAGGGAACUGCUGUCCAUACACAACAUCGGUCAAAGAUUAUUUGCCAAGUACGUCCUCGGGUUGAGCCAAGGAACCGUUAGCGAGUUGCUAAGCAAACCAAAGCCGUGGGACAAACUGACGGAAAAAGGACGGGACAGCUACAGGAAGAUGCACGGUUGGGCUUGCGACGACAACGCUGUUAUGCUGCUAAAGUCCCUGAUACCCAAGAAAGAGUAUGUUUCAGGCAAGGAGCAAGGAAUGCCAGCAUUCGCUCGCGGUCCACAGGAAGGUGGUCCGCCAGAGAUGAGUGACGAAAGGUUGGCGCACAUCCUCUCGGAGUCGGGCCACCUACAAAUGAAGAGCGAACACGAGGUGUCGAACGAUGCGGACAGCAAGAGUCCGAGCAGGAUCGGUUGUCCGAGUCCUUUUAACAAAGACAGGCUCGACAGUCAGAACAGAAGAUUAAAGAAGUACGAGAACGACGACAUUCCGCAGGAGAAGGUGGUCAGGAUCUAUCAGGAGGAGUUGGCCAAACUGAUGGGAAGAAGGAUCGAAGAUCUUCGUGGGCCUAGGGAAUUCCCUUCCAGCGCGAUGUUUCCACACUUUUUCAGUGGCACCCAAGGUGGCUUUCAGGGGAUGGAACGUACGCAAGAGGACAUUCGAUUGGCGCUCGACGCAUACCACCGAGAGCUACAGAAGUUAAACGCGACACCGGGUCAGAAUCCUUCGCUAACCGGGCUGCCAGGAUUACCCGGGCUACCUGGUCUGCUGGCUCUUCAACAACACGCCCUUCAACAGCAUCAUUUAGCCACCAACGGUGGAGGUGUUCAAGACCUGAGUUUAGGAAAGGUGGAUCCCAGGAAUAAAAUGAUAAACGGCGUCUCGGAGGAGGAGAAGGAGAAGAUUGAGGAAGCGAUGAGACACGCCGGAAGCGCCUUCUCCUUGGUUAGGCCUAAACAGGAACCCACUGCUGCACCUCAGUCCACGCCGGGCGGAUCUAGCGCGAGUUCACCGCUGGGUAACUCCAUUCUUCCACCAGCGAUGACGCCCAGCGAGGAAUUCUCCGGCGCAGCGGCCGCCAGUCCUCUCCAGAGGAUGGCUUCUAUCACAAAUAGUCUGAUCAGUCAACCGUCCACGCCUACCCACCACUCGGCCAACCAGAGGCCCCUGAAAGCUGUACUUCCCCCCAUCACUCAGCAGCAAUUUGACAUGUAUAAUAACUUAAACACAGAGGACAUUGUAAAGAGAGUGAAGGAACAGUUGUCUCAGUAUUCCAUCUCCCAACGUCUGUUCGGUGAGUCCGUGUUGGGUCUGUCCCAGGGAUCCGUUUCCGAUCUCCUGGCGCGUCCAAAACCCUGGCACAUGCUCACGCAGAAAGGUCGCGAACCCUUCAUCAGGAUGAAGAUGUUCCUGGAGGACGACAACGCGGUGCACAAGCUGGUGGCCAGCCAGUACAAGAUCGCACCGGAGAAGCUGAUGAGGACCGGCGGCUACGGUGGCCUGCCUCGUAAGUUUAACUCAGCUUGCGGGACGCCGAUGAAACCUAUGCCCCCAACUAAACUGGUUCAGGAACAACUUCAGAACGCGGCAAAAGCGCAGGCUGCGGCGCAAGCGGCGGCUCAGGCAGCGGCGCAGCAUCAGCAAGAGAACCAGUUGCAACUCGGACCUCCUCAACAAAGCCCUCAACAUCCUCAACAUCCUCAGCCACCACCACCGAUGAUGUUGACGCCGCCGGGUCCCCAUCAUCCUCAUUCGCAGCUCAGCAUGCAGGAGUUGCAAAAGAAACAACAUCAGCAACAGCAGCAGCAGAUGAAUCUUCACUCCCCCCAUCAUCAGAUGACUCCGUCGCCCCUUCGUGGUCUCCAUCCACACAUCUCCCCAAGCGUAUACGAAAUGGCUGCCCUCACGCAGGAGCUCGAUACCCAGACGAUCACAACGAAGAUCAAAGAAGCGCUGCUGGCCAACAACAUUGGCCAGAAGAUCUUCGGUGAAGCGGUCCUAGGGCUGUCGCAAGGAUCCGUCAGCGAAUUGCUGAGCAAACCUAAACCCUGGCACAUGCUCAGUAUAAAAGGACGAGAACCUUUCAUCAGGAUGCAACUCUGGCUAUCCGACGCGCACAACGUCGAUCGGCUCCAGGCGCUGAAGAACGAGCGCAGAGAAGCGAACAAAAGAAGACGCAGCAGCGGUCCGGGUCACGAUAACAGUUCGGACACAUCGAGCAACGACACAGCAGAGUUUUAUCACGCGGCUUCUCCUGGUCCAGGACCUGCAUCUGCCAAGAAACAACGAGUCCUCUUCUCCGAGGAGCAGAAAGAAGCCCUCAGGCUGGCUUUCGCCCUCGACCCCUACCCCAACGUCGCCACCAUCGAAUUCCUCGCCAGUGAGUUGGCCCUGUCCUCGCGGACGAUAACUAACUGGUUUCACAACCAUCGGAUGAGACUGAAGCAGCAAACGCCGCACGGCCAGCCGGAACCUCAAUCCCCCCGAGAACCUGGCCAGCCAUUCGACCCAGUUCAAUUCAGAUUGCUGUUGAACCAAAGACUGUUGGAAAUCCAGAAGGAGAGGCUGGGCUUGGGCAACGUACCCUUGCCCUAUACCCCUUACUUCAACCCCAACUUGGCUGCCUUAGUAGGGAACGCCUUGAAGGAACAGUGUUCAGGCCUGGACCUGUCCAUGAGUUCCCUGAAGAGGGAGCCGAACCAAGAGUUCGAGGACGAGUACGCGGAGGACGCUAUGAGUAAUCUGGGUAGUGAGGACUCGGUAGGCUCCGCGGGCAGCAUAAAGCAAGAGCCCGCGGAGACGCCCACAGUGCCCGCCACCGUCCGAAUAAACAGAAGGAAACCUGCCGCGCCGCAAUGGGUCAAUCCAGAGUGGCAAGAACCAGCCAGAACGGGCGACGAGGUGAUCAUCAACGGCGUUUGCGUGAUGCAGACGGAUGACUACGGGGUGAAACGAGAAGCUGAAGAGACAAUUAGGGUAGAACCAACGCCGGUCCAAGAUAGAUACGAGGAAGACGCGCAGAGCGACGUGUCCUCCGUGUCUGGGAACAACGGCCAGGAUCGAGACAGCUCUCUGCCGAGUCCAAAGUCUGGACCGACCAGCCCUGUUACGUUACCGAGGCCACCAUCCGCGCAGCAAACCCAACAAUCCACCGAGGAAAGUCCCAAGGAAAACGUAGUGAAACACGAGCCAGAAGAGACCUGGGAUUACUGAACGGACGGUAUGGUUAAAUCUGGUUUAAAUGUGUUUCGCUGAAAGGGCGGAAGGGGGGAGAUAGUUAAACAUGCCAAAAACGAUGCUGCGAACGUUACGGUCCCAUUCUGCCGAGGACUACGGCCUAGUUAAGUUCUUAGAGAGAAAACCAGUCAUAGGAUUCGGCCGGGCCUGAUGGGCCGAGUCCUGCCUACCACGAGGGCAUUAUUAUAGGGAGGUAAAUACAAAAUAGGAUACGUGAGAGUAGACACAACGUUUCGUGUGUGUCGGGAACUCUUAAUGGUCGACUUUUAAAGACUACCCAGCGAGAUGCUGCUAUCAAAAGGAGGAACGGAGCUCAAUCAAAAAAAGAACUCUUUUUUUUCGUAACGUUGUCUGUGCGAUACAGAGUAGUGUGGUGUGCACAGUUGCUACAACGGAUUCGUAUUGUUAAGACUGUGACGCGACGAGACAGCCUGGAACGAAGGCUGUUCGUCGCAAAUAUUCGCUCGAAAUCCGAAGAAACCCUGGCCGCUUCCGUUUUUUCCUUUUUUUUUUUGAGAGGGAGAGAAAGAAGAAGAGAGAGAGAGGAGAUUGCAAGGGUAGGACAAGGAACCGAACGAGCGAUCGACGAAACGGAAAUGGUCCGGGUUCACAGAGUGCAAUCAACGAGAGUAAACCAGUUGUUAGAUCAAAUUAUUAUUAAUUUUAUCUAAUUACGCGACGAGGCGAGCGAUUAAUAAUUAUUGCAUAAUUGUGAUUCAUGUUAUAUUGUUUAUACAUUUCUCCUAUCCCAUAGUCGUUAAGCUGUUAAUGUUAUUGAACUUCGCUCUCCGACUACGUACCUUUUAUUUGUCUGUUCGGUUAAGAAGGCGCGUCGUUUUUGUUUUUCUUUCGUUGAGGAAAAGGAAAAGAAGAAAAAUCGUGUCCUCUCGCUCUAGUUCCUGCGUUAGAGAUUAGGGUUUGCAUCGUGAAGGUAAGCGGGGCCCAGUAAACCUUCCAGGACACGGAGGUGUCCACUGGGUUCGGCUACUUGCCCGAUGGAAAUUCGGCUUUAUGCUUGCCCACCGACUUACGAGAAGCAAGCAUUAAUCACUUAGGAUCGGUUAGACCUGUUAUCGACUUUGUUUUAUCAUUCGCCAUACGUGAUUUCCGUUUGCUGUUCUCGUACGGGCAAGCAAAGUAGGAUUACAAAAAUCUGUCCAUUUAUGUUCUUUUUUUCUAUUCCCACAUAGAGAGAGUGAGAGAGAGAAAGAGAAAGAGUUAGUUACACGAUGAUCGUGGUUAUUAGUUACUAUCAAUAUUACCGUAUUAUUAGGCUUACGUUAUCACUGCUAUUUUAUUAUUAUUAUUAUUAUUAUUAUUGAUUAUAUUGUAUUAUUUUAUUACCAAUCAGAUUCUUAUCGCGAUAACGACACGGCUUGUAAAGCCAAUGUGAUAGAGCUUAUACGCGAUGUGCCAGGGGGUCGGAGGCCUCCUUCUGUGAGACAAAAAAAAAGAUGCGCCGGCAUCUUUAAACCGGGUGUAAAGCGUGGCACCGUGAGCUCGCAUCCACAAUGUAAAUAACUGUACAAAAGAAGAAACAAAAAAAAAGAAAAGAGAAGAAAAGGGAAGAGAAGAGACUCAGUACAUGCGAGUACGUUACACGUACACGAUCUUGUAUAUUAUACUUAAUUACCACACUUAACUCUCUAAUAGCAGUAUAUCCACAAAACACAGAGACACAUAAGAGACACAUUAACGAGACCUAACGCCGAGUUUCCAAUGGCAAUCAAAGGACAACAGAUCGAUGGUCAAUGAAGGGUGAUCCUACGUGCGAUGACGAACACGUGGGGUUAGUGCACGUGGGGGUUGAGACGCGGCGUUAAGGUUGGUGCGCACGGCGCGACAGGAGAACAUAAUUACGCGAAUUACCCGUACACACUAUCGAUGCCUGCCUGAAAAAGGGGAGAGAAAGCAAGGAGAAUGAUUGUGCAUGCUUGCGAGAGAGUGAAACGAAAAAGGGGUCAAAAAUUAUCCUCGAUACUACGAAUCAAACUUGUAUUUACCAGAUUAAAUUUUAAUCUUCGAUUAAAUUCUAGUCCGCAAUUUAAACGAACGGAAGAGAAAUUUAAAAAAAAAUGUGUACAUUUAUGUAUGUGCGUGCGUGUGUGCGAUUGAGUGGGGGAGGGAUGAGUGAGAAACAGCAAACCAGUGAGAAAAGCACUUAACAAAAAAGGGCAUUGCUAAUUGAGAGACCAGUGAUCCGACAUUUUUUUUUUCCUUUAUUUCUUUCUUUUCUUUUCUCAAUUCACACUUUUCCGUAACCGACGGGGGACUAGUGGGAAAUUGUAUACCAGCGCUAAUAUUAUCAUUCUUUAACACUGAUUCUUAUUAUUACCGUCACCCACAUUAUUAUUAUCAUUAUUAUUAUUAACGUUAUAAUUAUAAUUAUUAUCGAAUACUGCUAUUAAUAUUAUUACUAUUAGUUAAUUUCAUCGUCCAUCGUUCAAUCGUAACUUAAUGACAUCGACCAAACAAUAAAUACCAAAUCGAUGAAACAUUGAAAAUAUAAGUCAAUCUCGUUGAGUUACGAAAAAUAAGUCCACCAAACCGAUCGUCACCGAACCGUGCAGCUGCGUAAACAAUGUAAUUCGAUCAUUUUUUGGUGAACGAUUGGUAUUAGAGGUGUGCGGAAGAGCUUUGGGCGAAAUCGGAUAAGAUUGGAAGAUCAGGAUUCGAAUUUUCGGAAUAAGGGCGCAGUUCGACUUCGAAUCGACUCGGUAAUAAUCGAGCCCGAUUAUUGUCGAAACAAUUCGCAGUGAAUCUGUACCCUUGUGCCGAAGAGUCGGGAUUUCGAGUAAUCUCAACCGAUCUUGCCAAAAGUCUCGGCGGCAGUUCGAAAUCUCGCACACGUCUAACUGGUACACGUGGUUCUUUUGUUCUUCGCUAUUCCCUCCCCCCAUUUCCCCAUCCCCCUCCACCUUAUGUGUCUUUUUCUUUCUUUUUCUCAAACGAAGCGCGAGGCAUAUAGGUUCUUCUUCUUGUAGAUACCGAAUAGACUCUUAUAGAUAGCAGAUAGCUUUAAUUAUUUAAGCGGUAAAACGAUAAAUUUCUUAGGCGAGUACCCGGUUUCGGGCGAAGGAAUUUGUAAUAUAGAGGAAGACGGUUCCAUUGCGGACGAUCGUAAACCGUGGGGUCAAUGAAGGACCACCGAAAUGGGGGAAAAUCAUAUCGUAAACCUUAAUAUUUUACAGAAGCGUCGAGAAACAAAAUGGACUAACGAAAAGAACAAAAAUCGUAAAGAUAACUUGUAGAUAGAAGUUCGAGGCUCUUGUACACGCGCGCGCGAGCGCAUCCGCGUCACAUGAUCAAAAAACAAAGGGAGGUAUCAUAUUUGCCGAGAAAAUAAAAGGACAUUGUCAUUCAGUAGUGAAAAUAAUUGUAUUUAAAGAAAAAAAAAAAAAACAAGGAACGAAUGAGAGAUUUACCCUAACGUAAUAGUUCAUUGAUUUGUAUUUCAUUUCGAAUUGUAUCAUAGCUUAAAAAAAGAAGAUUAUCCUGUACAUUGCAUACACACGAUACACACGAUACACACUCAUUCACGAGCACUAUUGUUUUAAAAAUUGUACGUUUAUGAUUAUUAUACGAAGAUAAAAAAGAAAAUAAAUAAGGUAUACAAAGUA